ACUGAAAGCAAAAUAUUUAUUUUUGAAUUUUAGCUUGUUUCCGAAUUUCAUCCUUCUAUUUAGUCAUUUAAUUUUGAUAUUUGUUGUCAUUCUUCUUUUUAACUCCCUUCUCAACUAAAUCUAAGAUGGAAUCAGCUGAGUCUGAGAAAAAUUUGAAAACUCAUCUUGUUAUAAUCAUCGAUUUGUCACCGAAUAUAUUUCUUUUCCAGCGAAAUGAUUCCUCAUAUGAAAUGUGGUUAAACUCUUUAAUCUCGUUUUGUAACAUUCACCUUUUAAUGAACAAUGAAAACAUGUUGCACAUUAUUGGAUCUCACUACAAUGGUAACACAAUUUUAUAUCCCUCUGAAUCUCCUGAAGGAAUUGAUUUUAAAGAAUCAAAUGGACAGUAUGAGCUGUUUACAAUUCUUUCCCGUACUAUUCAUACUCAAAUCAAGAAGGCUGUUAGACAAUGUCGCCAAACUCUUGAAACAAUUCAUCAAUCAAGGACUGGAGAAACCAUAAAAGCUCAUCCAUUAAUUUCAGGGGCUUUGGCCAUGGGAUUGUGCUGUAUACAACGUUACAAGUCAGAUGUUGACUCUUCUCGAAUCGCUGUAAUAGCUGCUAGCAACUAUGAUUCAACAGCCUUUACUUCACAAUACAUGAAUUUUAUGAAUGUAUUCUUCACCGCUCAAAAGAUGGGAAUCGUCAUUGAUUCAUGCGUUUUAUCUCCUAAUGAACCUGAAGAUAUGAAAGAUAAGUUUAGCAGUAGAGGUUCAAUGUCCAUUCUUCAACAAGGAUCAGAUCUCACAAGUGGUAUUUAUCUUAAAGUUGCUCACGUUAACGCUUUCCUUGAAUAUCUAAUUUGGACUAUGUUACCUGAUUCAGAAACUCGACAAAAACUGGUCUUACCCACACAAAGAAAAGUAAGCUACAAAGCCGCCUGUUUCUGUCAUAGAAAUUUAAUCGACAUUGGAUAUGUAUGUUCAGUUUGUCUUUCAAUAUUUUGUUCAUUCUCUCCAAUCUGUUCAACAUGUAAUACUGUUUUCAAACUCGGACCAAUUCCUCAAGGAAUCAAAUUGAAAAGAAAACCAAAAAUAAAAUAAAAAAUUACAUUUUUAAUUUUUUUCUCUA